GGAAAAGGCGUCUUCUUUAUCGUGGCUAACUUGACACUUCUGUUCAACAUGUAUCCUUCGCAGACUCUUCUCUGCCAGUAGAAACGUCUGGAUUUUCGUGAAACAACUGCGUUUUCAGGUUAGCAGCACGCUAGCGGGCCGUUGUCAGCCAGGACCCAGAGAAGCAGCAUCAUCAUCAAUGGUGUGUCUACAUCCCGGAGCCGACACAUUUUCCUGUGUAUGCUCAAUGAACCACCUCUUCGGCGCUCAUCACAGCUGCACAUGUAUGGCGUUUGCGAAACUCGGAGGGGAGUUUUGCCAAGCCCAGCACCUGCUGCUUAUUGUGGACAAGUGAAGAGGAGACGCCAGCCAGGCGUAAACACUGCCGUCGAUUUGCACAGGUGUGUCAAGGCUGGUCGUGUCUUUUAUUCAGGUCCUUACUGCCAUCCUGUUCAAUCCAUAUGAAGACAAGCCAACCUUCAGCCUGUCACCUGUCCUGGGGAGUGGGAGAGGCUGUGGGUUUAACCCAGGAGUUUCCUCACAGCUCUUUUCCUUUUCUGCUUCUACCCUGAUUCGGCCACGUCUUCUCUGAAUGGGCUAGUAGAUUUGAAAGGAAGGAAGGACAGAUCUUUUUUUUUCUGUCUUCAUUUUACUUUUUUUCCCCUUCUGAACUUUGGUGGUCCGCUCCAGUCUUUUUGAUUCCAAUCUGCUAGAGUUUAAUAUUUAUUUUGAACCAAGCCAAUUUGAGUUAUUUCUUUAUUGCCAAGAACAGUUUAAACCCCCUAAUAUUUCUAUCCCAGGAAAUUUGUAUUGUCUUUAGUUUUUUUAUUUAUUAGUAGUGUUAGGGUUACAGUUUUUAUGCCCAUAAUUCAUAUGGAUGCAUUAGUUAGGGAAAUUAUUCGCUUUUUUUGAGCUUGUGAACAGUUUUCCUUUUACACAUUUUAAACAAUCAAAAUACUUUCCCUUUGAUUUGUUUGAAGACUGUCUUUUAUUGAAUUAUUUAUUUAUCUUCUCAAUUAUAAGCACAGAACUGUUCUCACCUUUCUUUUCCUGUAUCAAUAAACCUCUUGAGGGUCUAAAAAUGAACCGACCGGCUCCAGUGGAGAUCUCUUAUGACUGCCUGAGAUUUCUCAUUACGCACAACCCCACCAAUGCACAACUCGGAAGGUUUAUAGAGGACCUGAAGGCAUAUGGAGUAAACACUCUGGUGAGAGUGUGUGCUGCCACAUAUGACAAGACACCUGUGGAGCAAGAAGGUAUUCAAGUCCUGGAUUGGCCGUUUGACGAUGGCUCCGCCCCCCCGGAACAGGUGGUUGAUGAUUGGCUGAACCUACUGCAGACAAAGUUUAGAGAUGAGCCGGGCAGCUGCGUGGCCGUGCACUGCGUUGCUGGAUUAGGAAGAGCUCCUGUGUUGGUGGCCCUGGCUCUCAUCGAGUGUGGGAUGGAGUAUGAAGAUGCUGUGCACUUCAUAAGACUUAAGCGCCGCGGAGCGUUCAACUCCAAGCAGCUGCUCUACCUGGAGAACUACAAAGCUAAACUGCGUCUGCGCUCCAAAGAAGCCAACGGUCAGAGCUGCUCUAUACAGUAGGAAUCUACAGCUCCAUGCAUCUUCACUGCAGCUUCAUAGGAGACUCUCACCGUUUGAUGUUAAAUGGAGAAAUUGUCAUUUUAGGGUAAAUGUUUGGUAACAUUAGGGCCUGUGAAAUCCAAUCAAAAUGUCAUGUAUUUACCAAAAUGAAAGGGACCUAAUGUGAAAUCUUCUGAAAAUCUUUUGAAAACAGACAACUUUACAUACAAAGAAUGAGCCUAAAAAAAUGAAAUUUGAGGUUUUAAAAGUUUUUAUUUAUUUUCCUUGGUCUGUGACCUCACUUUUAUAUGUAGCCCCCCCCCCCCUUUGAUCUUUAAAUUAACUUUGACAUUGGGGGCCAGACAUGAAACACUGUCAGUAGUCAGGUAUUGUCGGCCGUAGGCUCCUUCUUGUGAUGUCGAAACUGGUCUGCUGGUCUGUGCUUUCAGAGGCCUGCUGGUUUAUUGCAAAUCAAUCCAUGCAGUGGUUCAGGCUGAUUUAGUUUAUUCCAAUAUUUCCCCCUCGACCAAAUCAAAGCCCUGCACCCGGAAGGGUGGCAGAGAACUCGGACCAGUUAGAAAGCGUCCACCAUUAGCGAGUUCUACAUGUGACGUGUGCUGUAUUACACAAACGCGACCAUCUGCCCCGUCUGCUGUAUGUCCCAUGUCGGAGGCUGAGGCAGUCUGCGUCUCCAGAAAACAAACUUGUUGUUGGCUGUAAAUGUUCGUCACUGUCCUUCAUGAUGUCGCCGAGGCAGAGAGGGCCAGCAUGUU